CAUCCCAAGGAUUUGCCUAGGUCUGCCAAGCUCGAGGGUCGCAUCACCAAUGGCUAUCCAGCCUACGAGGGCAAGGCGCCCUACACCGUUGGCCUGAGCUUCAAUGGCUGGUGGUGUGGUGGUUCCAUCAUUGCUCACGACUGGGUGCUGACUGCUGCUCACUGCACCAACGGUGCCAGCUCUGUAACCAUCUACUACGGUGCCACCUGGCGCACCAACGCCCAGUUCACCCACCAUGUUGGCAGCGGCGAGUUCAGACUGAACCACAGAUGGCCCAAUGAGAAUGGCAAUGACAUCGCUCUGAUCCACACUCCUCAUGUCGAUUUCUGGCACAUGGUCAACAAGGUGGAGCUGCCCAGCUUCAACGACCGCUACAACCUGGAAUGGAUUCGCGACAACUCUGGCGUUGCUUACUAUUAA